GUAAUGGAGAAACCAAAUGCAUUUCACGUGAACCAUGUUAGAGGAGAGGUGCAAUUUUGUGAUAUUUCAUUUAAAUAUGGGGACAAUUUGCCUCUUGUCUUGAAUGGGCUUAACCUGCAUAUCAAGGCCGGAGAAACAGUUGCUCUUGUUGGGCCCUCUGGUGGAGGAAAGACAACCCUUGCAAAGCUCCUGCUUCGGCUUUAUGAUCCUUUAUCUGGUUAUAUACUUAUUGAUAACCAUAAUAUUCAGAGCAUCCGGUUGCAGAGUUUGAGGAGACAUGUUGGCCUGGUUUCUCAGGACAUA